AUGGAAAGAAACAAUCAGACAGUUAUCACAGAAUUUGUUCUCCUGGGAGUGUCUGGCCUUCCAGAACUACAGGCCUUGCUGUUCCUUGUAUUCCUAAUGAGCUACAUUACUGCACUGACAGGAAACCUUCUCAUCUUUACCUUGACAUUGGCAGAUUCUGCUCUCCACACACCCAUGUAUUUUUUCCUCAGGAAUUUGUCCUUCCUGGAGAUCUCUUACACCUCGGUAACCCUCCCAAAGAUGCUGGCCAACCUCAUCUUGGAGGAUAAAACCAUCUCAUUCACUGGCUGUGCCACACAGAUGUAUUUCCUUCUAUUUCUUGGCGGCACAGAAUGCUUCCUCUUGGGCGUCAUGGCAUAUGACCGCUACGCUGCGAUAUGCCAUCCCUUACACUACACAUGUAUCAUGAAUAACACAAGGUGCACAGUAAUGGCUGCUGUGUCAUGGUUGAGUGGUAUAUUCAUGUCCUUUGUCCACAUCUCAGUCAUUUUUAUCUUACCUUUUUCUGGCUCCCAUGAAAUCAAUCAUUUUUUCUGUGACAUCCCCCCAGUCCUGAAGCGGGCCUGUGGAGACACUUUCUUGAAUGAAAUUGUGGUCUUUGUGUCUGCCCUUAUAUUCAUAACAUUUUCCUUUGUCUUGAUUCUGGUGUCAUACCUUCUUAUCAUCAUUGCUAUCAUGAACAUGCCCUCAGCUGAGGGUAGGCAAAAGGCUUUCUCCACCUGCUCCUCACACCUGGUGGUGGUGACAUUGUUCUACGGGGCUGGCAUUGUUAUGUAUCUGCGCCCUAAUUCUGCAUAUGCCCCAGAUAUGGACAAACUGCUCUCUCUCUUCUACACAAUCAUAACCCCCAUGUUAAAUCCUAUCAUAUACAGCCUGAGGAACAGGGAAGAAGUGAAAGGGGCUCUGAGAAGGGUGAUAGCCAGAAUGUGCUUUCUGAACUCUGGGAGAUAA